GAGCAGGUCAAUAAAUUAUGUUAAUGAGUCGUGGGCAGAUUGGAGGCGUGUUGAGGGUGAGCAUGCCUGCACCGUGGAAAAAAAGCUCCGAGUGGUAAAGCUGUCUCCAAUGCAUGCGCACUGCCGUGGAUUUCCCCAGCCUCUCCUUCUACUUUAUUGUGCAUUAUAGCAAUUUCCUCUGCAGCAGACUACUGUGCAAAAAGGGGGGCUCUCGGCGCAACAAGUUUUUGCAGGAGCCAGUCAGUCAGUCAGUCAGUGCAGGUUGACUUGGAAGUGAGGAGCUCCACUCAUCUAUUAUCUGUCACCACUAGAAGUACGUGAACGCCUCGCGCACGCUGCCAGGGCAGGCGCAUCUCACUCACACGCGCAGCAAGACCAUUUGUGUGCCUCUGUGCCACAAAUUCGUGACUAGCGCACCAGAUAGAUGCAGUUCGCGUCUAGUUGAAUUGGAGACCGCAGGAAUCGAGAGGAGCAUCUCUAAGUGCGUGGUGGGUAAAGAUGGAGAAAGAAGCGGUGGUGGUGCCACAGAAGCGACAACAACGUUGCCGCACAACAACAGUGCUGAACAUCAUCUCGUCUCUGUGCUCGGUGUUGUCCGUCGCCUUCUGCAUCCUCCUGAGCGUCAACGCGGCUGAUAUUAACAACCGGGUCGUGGAUUUGGAGAGUGGGAAUGGACAGGAGCGCACCUUUAUCCGCGCUCCAGGUUACUCCAUGGAUGAUUUGAAUUCAUUGGUUGAACAAAGAGUGGAUGAUCUGCUCUCUCAGCGCUCCUAUGAACAUUUUGUCAAGAUUCGGACUGCCAGACAAGCUGCACCUGAAUGCAACUGCCCUCCAGGACCUCCGGGAAAGCGAGGAAGAAGAGGCCGCAAUGGAGAACCUGGACCUCCUGGCCCUUCAGGUACCAAGGGUGAAAAGGGGGAUCAAGGCGACCAGGGACCACGGAUGGUCUUCCCUAAGAUCAAUCAUGGCUUUCUUUCCGCUGACCAGCAGCUCAUAAAGCGGCGUCUCAUUAAGGGAGAUCAAGGGCAAGCCGGACCGCCGGGGCCUCCGGGGCCACCGGGCCCUCCUGGGCCAAGGGGGCCUCCAGGGGACACAGGGAAAGAUGGGCCCAGAGGUGUACCUGGUCUAGCGGGUGAUCCAGGGCUAGCUGGAGAAGCAGGACUCAUGGGACCUGAGGGGCCACAAGGGCUGAAGGGUUCACUCGGGCCUCCUGGCGUCCCAGGUGUUGAUGGACUGAAGGGGGAUGUUGGCAUCCCAGGAUUGGACGGUGUACCCGGAGCCAAGGGUGAAAUGGGAGAGCGAGGUGAAAAGGGCGAUUUGGGUGAAGACGGACCGAAAGGUGAUCUAGGAGAGAAGGGAGAUGCAGGCUCUUCGGCAGCAGGCAUCAAGGGUGAACCUGGAGAGCCUGGACGAAGUGGACACAAGGGAGAGCCAGGACUUCCAGGGCUGCCUGGACUCCCAGGGAUAAAGGGUGAGCCUGGAUACCUCGGUCCCCAGGGAGAGCCAGGGCUUCCAGGACUGCCUGGAACUAAGGGUGAGAGAGGCGACCACGGGCCACAAGGAAAGGGUGAAAGAGGAGAACUUGGACCCUUUGGACCAAAGGGUUCACAAGGAGAGUCCGGUGCACCUGGAUUUAAGGGGUCAAAGGGGGAGACUGGAGAUAAAGGAGAAGUGGGAAUUGUUGGUCCAAAGGGCCCCCCUGGGCAGAAAGGAGACCAAGGAGCCACUGAAAUCAUCGACUACAAUGGAAACAUUCAGGAGGCUUUACAGAAGAUUACCACUAUUACAGUAACGGGUCCUCCUGGACCUCCUGGGCCAAUCGGACCAGAUGGUAUAAAGGGGGAUCGUGGUAUGCCUGGUCUCCCUGGACUCGAUGGUGAAAGAGGCUACAAAGGUUCCAAAGGAGACAUGGGAAUGCCUGGAGCUUCAGGGGACAAAGGAACAACUGGUUUACCCGGCUUACCUGGUAACAAUGGCGGAAAAGGGGAUAAAGGAGAUUCAGGUCUAACUGGUCCUCAAGGUUCAUCAAUCAUCGGCAGUCCAGGAGCAUCAGGGCCCCACGGACCCCCAGGACCCAUGGGCCCCCAUGGUUUCCCCGGACCAAAGGGGGAACCUGGUCUGCAUGGUCUGAAGGGUAUCCGAGGGGAGUCAGGACACAAAGGGGACCGUGGACCACUGGGUCUACCCGGAGCCUCCGGCUUGGACGGCAAGCCCGGAAUUAGGGGCACGGAUGGGCCUGCAGGUCCAGCUGGUCCAGCUGGGCCAAAGGGUGACAUAGGUGAGAGAGGAACAGCAGGCGAGCCAGGACCAAGGGGACCUUAUGGACUACCUGGAUCUGCUGGAACACCAGGCUUGGAUGGGUUGCCGGGCUUAAGGGGAGAGAAAGGCGACGAUGGGGAAAGAGGAGAAAAGGGUUUCCGGGGAUUUAAGGGUGAAAAGGGGGAACCAGGGCAGCCAGGUCUGGACGGGCUGGAUGCCCCAUGCCAAUUGGGCCCAGAUGGAUUACCAAUGCCUGGAUGCUGGCAGAAGUGAUCACUCUAACCUGAAACGCAUGGAGUUUGUAAAUAAUGCUUCUUUUAUGGUAUUUAUAGUUUUUUUAAUGGAAAAAAAAAGUGUCAAAAAGAAAAGAAGUCUAUGUGUACGACGAUACAAAAAGAGAUAACCGUCCCGAGUUUCACGCCCCUAAGCUGCUUCUACUCACCGUGUGGAAAAAAACAAAACAACCGUGUAUGUCCGCUCUCUCACAUCCACAUCGUGGUGGAGUUCAGAUCCUUGGCUGGCGGCAGAACUUGUCUCUGUAGUCUUUGCAUGGCUCAGACUGGAGCGUCGCAGCCCGGCCAGAUUCACUGAGAGGGGUGAGAGGAGACGAGGAAGGAGGAGGAGGAGGAGGAGGAGGAGGAGGAAGGAUCUGGACUGGCUCUCUAACACCAAACGCUAGGUGUUUUGUGUUGUUUGGUCUCAACAAGCUCACCGCCCAUUCAUGCAGCACCAUUUUCUUAAAGACUAAAACUGUGCCAAACAGAACAUUGCACCCCCAACCCUGCAAAAGCAUGAGUAGUAUACUGAAACUAUAUUUAUAUGUAUUGUACAUACAUGUCACUGUUUUGUGGUUGCGUCAUGGCUUCUGCAGAAAAGAAACACUAACAUACAAAAAAAAAAACCCAGAGCUCUGAAUUAGUAAUUUCUGCUUUCCUUUAAUCUUCCCAAAGGGAGUCACGCCAUGGCUGGUAGCCUGAAAAUCCCCCCCCCAGAAAGUAAACCUGUUGGUUAUUGUUGCUUUAUUGUGGUGAUGCCUGCAGAUGGGUAUGAUAUCAGCAGGUUUUCACUGUUGCACUCAUGUGGCUCAGCAUCAUCGUCAUCAUCGGUGUGGCGUCUCCGGACAGGAGGGGAGAACUUAGCAGGCCUCGCUGCCAUUGUUAGGAAAUCAGGCUCACGUGGAUUUGAGAUUGGACAGGCCUGCUUGGGACCCCACCACCCCCUCAUCUCUGAACACGGGAAGGGGUCCUGCAGGAGAGUCGCUCAUCGAUCUCCAUGGAGAUCAGCCGGAACUUCUGCCUCUCCUAACAGGCGACGCUUCCAACAUCUGCUGAGAGCGUUAACAGAAUGCAAUCAUGUUUCUUUUUUGAUUUUUGCUCUCAUUCUUUAACAUGUUUAUAUUUUGUGUAUAAUAGCCUUUGGUGCCUCAAGCUUUUAUUCAUUCCUUUAUCAGAAAUGUACAACUUUAUAUCAUAUUUUGAAUUAUUGGAAUGGUGUUUAUUUCAGGAAGGGUAAGCUUUGUUUGGUGAGAGUAUUGAAAAGACACACAUUGCGCACUGUUUUUCAUAUGAUUUUUUUUUUUUUACAAGAUGUUGAAAUGGCAUGUAGGUUACAGCUUCACCAGUAAGACGAUUGCGUCCAUCUUCUCUGAUCUUACUCGUGGUUUUUGAAGAAGCUCAUAUUGUUUGUGCGAAAAACACAUCUGGCAUUGUAACAAAUGUGCUACUUGUUCAUUCUGGACUUGUUGUACUGGGAUGUUAGUUGUACGGUGUUGUCGAUUCACUGCAUGUACACAGUUUAUUACUUAUGGAUUUCUUAAAUAUUGAAAAUAAGUGUUGAUUUGAGGAAGUGUAUCAGAAGCGUAAAGCAUUGUUGGGGUUCAUUCAGCUGUAACUAAUCAAGCUGAACAUACAGUAGCUGGUAUUUCACAUGUGUCCGAUUAAGGCAGAUUAUGUUGAACAGAACAAUCUCAGUCGCUGCUCUUUUACACCUCAUGUAUUGUCUUAAACAUAAACGUGUAUUACAGUGCAAGAAAAGCUACAGUUAAUUGUUCGACUUCCAUUAACACACCACAGUCUAACUGGUGGCCAGUUAUGUCACAUUCCCUAUCAGAUGGAGCAAUAGGUUUAAUUUUUCAACAUUCAUCUUUUCAUAUUUCUUAUAUUCAAAUUGCCUUCUGACAUAGUCGGUGCUAUGCGAAGGUGAUACGUCUUUUCUUUAAUAUUACAAAUAUGCAUGGUUUACUGUAAGGGCAGAUGUGAAACACCAACAUUUUUGUUGUGACGUAGCAGCUACCACAGGUGGAUUCAAAACGAUUUAUUCCCACGCGGUUUCCGUUCGAUUGUACAGUUCAUCUCGUCGUCGUAAAGGAAUGGAUGCACAUCUGUAUAGAUUAUAAUGGUGCUAUCUGAUAGCAGGUCAACAACGGCUCCGUUGAUGCGCUCUACCAGUGGCUAGAACUAUACACAACAGGUUUCUUUAUUGUUGUUGGGGUUUUAUGUAUGUAACUUUUUUUUUUCUGUGCAUAUAUUUGUGUAUUUGUCUCAAUAUUUUACAUGGUACAUUAUUUAUUUUUCUAUAUAAUUUCCUAAAUGAAGGCAUUUUUUGGUUCUAAACAGCAUUCCUUACAGUUGUUUUGGCUUUUGAUGUCCGCUGCGUCUCUCUUGAUAUUAUGAAGAAUUUUUGGAAGGCAUCACUAACAGUUAUGCAAAUGAACCGGUGUGAAGGAAGGUGGUAAUUUACAACAAAAAAGAAAAACAGACCAGUGUGUAUUCACUGUGCGUUUAAUUCAGAUUAUAGGCCUUACAAUGGUUCGUCUGCUUUUAUUUAAUUUAGUGUGUCAAAAAGCUAACUACAACAUCAAAGUACUGAUGGUCUGAAUGUUGACAGGCCCAGCCAAUGCAAUGGUUAAAUAUCACAGCUUUUUCUCACGCUUCCUCUUUUCUCUCUCUCUCUCUCUCUCUCUCUCUCUCUCUCUCUCUCUCUCUUUCUCUCUCUCUUUCUCUCUCUCUCCCUCUCUCUCUGUCUCUCUCUCUCUGUCUCUGCAUUGAAUGUAGUUUGAUAUAUGUAUAGUGGAUUAUUAAUGUACUGUUAAAAUGUGUGCUCAUUUGACAAGAAGUGCAAUUUAUACUUUUGGUUAAUGUGCGUAGCAUCAAAUGCAGCUGAAAUAUCACAGCUCCGUUUGUUCAGUCAUGCUACCCUGUAUACCACUACCUGGAGAAAAAAAAAUGUUUAUUUACCAGAAGACAAAGAAACACAUAUAAACUUGGACCUUUCAUUAAAAUCUCAAUUUUUUGAUUGGUUUACAUAUUUCCUCAAAUCCUGUCACUCGUGUUUCAAAGUGUUAUUUCCAUUACUUAAUAUUUACAAUUUUAUUUGCAUUUUUGAUUUUGUGUUUUGAUUUUUCCAGCCUUUGUUACAGUAUUUGUUCUCACAAGUUGCUGUAUCUUUAGCAUGUGCAGCUAAUUUUUUUAAUUGAUUUUUUUUUAUUUGGUUUUGUUUGUUUGUUUGAUUGUUGUGUUUCCUUGUUAAAUAUUCAAAUUUAGUUUAUUCUGCUUUUAGCAGAAGUGCCAAAAUAUUUCAAACAUUUAUUUCCAUAUCAGUAUUAGCAGAGCUGGCGAGGGGCUCCAAUCUGACUCAAUGAUAGGCCACACUGUGUGUUUGUCAUGGUUACAGUAAUGCUCUGAGUCAAGUCUUCCUCUGAAGAAACAGCAGCAUACACCCAUAGACCGCACUUCACUCAUCAAAACCUCUCAGCUUAAAAAGUGCUGGUGUAGGAUAAUUGAGAAAGUCGAGUCAUACUCUUAUCAGAAACUCUUCAAUACACUGCAGCCUUACCGAAAUAAGUGUAUUGCCACAUACUCUCCAAAAUAAAAUGCAGUCUUGGUGCAAGAGCAAACAUGCUAGGCAAAAUCCACAUUGUGGCUUUGAGUUAAAUCUGCAUUUUUUUGGUUGUGGCAUAUGUUCACUUUCUGUUCUGUGUUUGUAUUACUCCUUUUUUUUUACCCACUUGAUUGAUUGACAUUUCUUUAAAGACUCUUGUGUUCACACAUAUUUCAAAAUGACAUUUCAUAUGACUGUACUGUUGGAGCCAAAUAAACACAGUCUUUCAAAUACAUCAA